AUGCUGCUGGCCGUGCUGCAUGCUGCUGCACUGAAAGAAAGGCAGCAUUUAGUGGCAACCUUGACACAGUACACCCAGGUUUCGUCAGUGAAAUCUUUUUACAUCUCUACCGAAUUAAAUAUGCAAAACCUGAUUUUUGAAAAAGCACAACGACGGCGUGUCCUUCGUCAGGGCGUCCGCGGCACCACGACGGCGCAGGGAGACUUCACGCCCUAUGGAUACGUCUCGCGUCCGGGCUCCACGCCUCUCAGCUACAGUUUAUGGGGUUCGAACGCGUCCACCACGAGUUCGGAGGAGUCGUAUCGGCGGCAAUUCAACCGAACACUUUGUCGCGUGGUGUUCGGAUGCGCUGUUUUACUCGUGAUUCUCGCCGUCUUGGGAAUCGUUGGCAUCGCUGUCUAUCUCGGAGUAUUAACAAAUGACGGGGAGGGAUCGGAAUACGAAGUGCGGUACAGAGGUCAGCUGAAGGUCACGGCGGGAGACACGUGGAUCCCCGACCUGGCCCGCCCCGCGUCGCCCGCCUUCAGAGCCAAGGCGCUCAAGUACGAGAAGAUGCUGGAGUCCGUCUACGAGAACAGCUUCCUGAAGGGCUCGCUGAGGAACGCCAAGGUCCUGCGCAUCCUGAGGAACCCCGAGAACAACCGAGGACUCAACCUGCACUUCAGGCUCGCCCUCGACCGCCGGAAGAUGCCCAGCCACGUCGAUAACACAGAACUGGCUGUCAAGGACGUCCUGCUGCAAGAACUGAUGAGCUUGGAACCUGUUGCGUUCCAGAAGGUUGCGAUCGACAUUGACUCGUUCAGAAUGGCGAGAGAGAGCAACGUCACCCGGACGGAAUCAGCUGCCUCCUCGGCGCCCAAGGAGGAGGAGGAGGAAGUCCAGGUGAUCAAGGUCGAAGGAACUCAGGAGUCUCCCGGAGGAUCCAUCGUGAUCAAGAAGCCCUCUGGCACCGCGGACCGCUCGCAGCAGGAGGAGAGCAGCACCGUCGCCAACCUGAUCUACCAGUUCGGCGCCUGGCGGCCCGUCAACCCCUACAACUUCCGGCCGUCUUCGCCCGACCCCUCGGCCGUCACUCCGGCGAACCCGCCCCCGCGCCCCCCGCCAGCACCCCCGCCCGCCCAUUCUACAACCCCACCCAGAGGCCAGCACGCCCCUCGAGGCCUCAGGAGAAGGACAAGGCCGUCACGCCUCCGCAUCGCACGACCAAGAGGACUACGACCAGCAGCACCACGACUACGGCUUCUACUACUACAACUACGACUCCUCCUCCUCCGCCUCCAACUACGACGACCACAACCACAACCACACCACCUACAACAACCACUACAACCACGACGACGACCACCACGACUCCUCGACCCACGACGACCGCAAGCGCGAGCACGUUGCAGUUCAACAAUCGGUUCGGAAUUCCCCUCGAGGACCUGGGCUCGAAGGAGAACAAGAUGACGACGAAGAGGAACCCGUCGAG